AUGCGCGUACCUAUGAGGAAUAUGUUAGUAGUGGCGCUGCUCGUUUGGGUACUUACAUCUCUGGUUUCAUGCUCAGAUCCUCUUUUGUCCCAAGCUCUAAGACGGCAGAUACCAAACAAUGAAAUGACAUCCACUAGAAAACUCAAUUCAAACUCUAGCUCAGACAAAAGUAUACCUCUUCAUUUUCCUCCCGCUAGAACUACAGAACAUUUACCAAAGGAAAAACACAGCUUGAACCCAACACCUAAUUUGUUACAUACUCGACGUGCUGAUAAAAGAGCCCAUAAGGCUGCUAAUUCCAUAAGUGUGCCCUAUAUGGAAAGCCGUUCUUUAGAGGAUUUAAGCUUAUCCGAUAUAUUAAUCGCAGCCGACGUUGAAGGUGGGCUCCACGCCGUUGACAGAAGAAAUGGACAUAUCAUAUGGUCCAUUAAUCCCGACAAAUUUCAACCUCUGAUAGAAAUCCAAGAACCUUCAAGAUUAGAAACAUAUGAAACUCUAAUUAUCGAGCCUUGUGGUGAUGGGAAUAUAUACUACUUUAACGCUCAUCAAGGAUUGCAAAAGCUUCCUCUGUCUAUCCGUCAGCUAGUUUCAACUUCUCCGCUACACUUGAAAACGAAUAUUGUCGUAAACGACUCGGGGAAAAUCGUAGAAGAUGAAAAGGUGUACACUGGAUCAAUGAGGACUAUAAUGUAUACCAUUGAUGCUUUGAAUGGUGAAAUAAUAUCAGCUUUUGGACCUGGCUCGAAGAACGGGUAUUUUGGAAGCCAGAGUAUAGAUUGUUCGCCCAAUGAGAAGAUAAAACUCCAGGAAUGUGAAAACAUGAUUGUAAUUGGUAAAACUAUUUUUGAAUUGGGGAUUCACUCUUAUGAUGGAGCUAGUUACAACGUUACUUACUCUACAUGGCAACAAAAUGUUUUGGACGUUCCUCUGGCACUUCAGAAUACAUUCUCCAAAGACGGUAUGUGUAUAGCGCCCUUCCGUGAUAAAUCGUUAUUGGCAAGCGAUUCCGAUUUCAGAAUUGCUAGAUGGGUUUCUCCGACAUUUCCAGGAAUUAUCGUUGGCUUAUUUGAUGUGUUUAAUGACCUUCGCACUAACGAGAAUAUAUUAGUGCCCCAUCCCUUCAACCCAGCUGACCACGAGAGUGUUCUGAGUAACAAAGUUUACUUGGAUCAAACAUCAAAACUUUCAUGGUUUGCUCUAUCUAGUCAGAAUUUCCCUUCAUUAGUUGAGUCGGCCCCCAAAUCCAGAUAUGCUUCCAGUGAUCGCUGGAGGGUUUCUUCGAUCUUUGAGGAUGAGACUUUAUUCAAGAAUGCAAUUAUGGGAGUACAUCAGAUAUAUGGCAGUGAAUAUGACCAACUCUAUGAAACUUAUGGGAAACCGAAGGCAUUGGACACCACUCAGAAGCAUUCCCCUUUGAUGAUUGAUUCUCCCAUCGAUGCUACUAAGUUGCCUCAGAACAGAGAUAUAGAUUCACUAAACGAAUAUAUGUCGUCAGAAGACUUUGAGGCAUAUAGAGAAAAGGUCCAUAAACAAAUAUCAAGAGAGCUAAGGAAUAAGAGUAAGAAUUCUUUAAUUCUGAGGGUCGGUAGUCUCGUAUAUCGGAUCAUCGAAACAGGUGUGUUUUUAUUAUUGUUCCUCAUGUUUUGUGCUAUCUUGCAAAGACUUAAAAUUUUGCCGCCACUAUACGUAUUAUUAUCAAAAAUUGGGUUUAUGCCUGAAAAAGAAAUUCCAGCAACUGAACUAAACUCAGAAGAUUCUGCAACAACUGGAAGUAUAACCAAGCCGUUUAAUACAAAACCCGAAAAGCAGGUUGUUUUUGAAAGUGCGCUCAACAAUGCAAACCCGAAAUCACAGAACGAUAACGAUGACGGUGAUGAUGACGACGAUGAAAAAUCACAAGAUUUGACUUUAGAGAAGAAGAAGAGAAAAAGGGGAUCGAGAGGGGGUAAGAAGAGCAGAAAAUUACGCAAUGCAAAUAUACCAAACUUUGAACAAUCUCUAAAAAAUUUAGUAGUGUCAGAAAAAAUUUUAGGUUACGGAUCAUCGGGAACCGUUGUAUUCCAAGGCAGUUUCCAAGGCAGGCCUGUUGCGGUGAAGAGAAUGUUAAUCGAUUUCUGUGAUAUAGCUUUGAUGGAAAUAAAGCUUUUAACUGAAAGUGAUGAUCACCCAAAUGUUAUACGAUAUUAUUGCUCAGAGACAACGGAUAGAUUCCUGUAUAUUGCUCUAGAGCUCUGCAACUUAAAUAUACAGGAUUUGAUUGAAUCUAAGAACGCAUCAGAUGAGAACUUGAAAUUACAAAAUGAGUACAAUCCUAUUUCAUUACUGAGGCAGAUAGCGGCUGGGGUCGCGCAUUUACAUUCGCUGAAAAUUAUUCAUCGGGAUUUAAAGCCCCAGAAUAUACUUGUAUCUACAUCGAACAGGCUUACUACAGACCAACAGACCGGAGUAGAUAAUCUCAGGAUUCUAAUAUCAGAUUUCGGUCUCUGCAAAAAGCUAGAUUCUGGCCAGUCGUCCUUUAGAACUAAUUUGAAUAAUCCUUCUGGAACAAGUGGAUGGAGGGCUCCUGAACUGCUUGAUGAGUCGAACAGUUUGCAAUCCCAAGUUGAAACUGAACAUUCUUCGAGCAGGCAUACAGUACUUUCAUCUGAUUCCUUUUAUGAUCCAUUUACCAAAAGAAGGUUAACAAGAUCUAUCGAUAUUUUCUCAAUGGGAUGUGUUUUCUAUUAUAUUUUAUCCAAAGGUAAGCAUCCUUUUGGUGAUAAAUACACACGUGAGAGUAAUAUAAUAAGGGGAAUAUUUAGCCUUGAUGAAAUGAAGUGUCUUCGCGAUAGAUCUCUGGCUGCCGAAGCUACAGAUUUGAUUUCUCAAAUGAUCGAUCAUGAUCCAUUGAAAAGGCCGACUGCUAUGAGAGUUCUAAGGCAUCCAUUGUUUUGGCCAAAAUCGAAAAAAUUAGAAUUUCUCUUGAAAGUCAGUGAUAGAUUCGAGGUUGAAAACAAGGACCCCGCAAGUGACUUGUUAUUGAAAUUGGAUGAUAUUUCAGGCUUUGUUAUUCCUAAUGGGAACUGGACCGUCAAGUUUGAUAAAACCUUCAUGGACAAUCUCGGGAAGUACAGAAAAUAUCAUUCUUCAAAGCUGAUGGAUUUGUUGAGAGCUCUUAGGAAUAAAUACCAUCAUUUCAUGGAUCUGCCCGAAGAUAUAGCGGAAAUCAUGGGGCCGGUACCCGAUGGAUUUUACGAUUACUUUAUCAAGCGUUUCCCAAACCUACUAAUAGGGAUUUAUAAGAUUGUCAAGGAGAACUUGAGCGACGACCAAAUUUUACAUGGAUUUUUGUAUUCAUAA